GAUUGCACUCAAAACAAUAAGCAUGUUAGAUCAUUUUCAUCAUGAAAGAAAAUGGCUAAACAAGGGGAAGCUACAAAGCCAUGGUGCUCCACUGAUUUAAACAAAAGUAAGAAAUACUAAUCUUUAAAUCAAAAACCAUUAGAUUGCUACGACUACUUUUUGUUUGUCUAUACCCGGCUGUGUUCAUGUGCACGGCACAAACGAACACAGCCACUGUCGUCAUUGGUGAGUGAACAGAAUACACAAAUGAAAACAUCUGUGUCAGCUGGAGGCAGCCAAAGCAUAAGCCAGACAGACUGGGGAGAUGCCAGUGUGGACAGUGGGACUCAUACCAAGGAUACAAAGAGGAGCCUCUACUGGUUGCCGACAAUGCAUCAGUGGCAAUUUCUGUGAAUUUUAAAACACAGAAAAAGAACAUAUGGAAAACUUCUGAGAGAUAAAGACAGAUGCACCAAAUAUGAAAUGUCCAAAAGGUUUAGGAACAUUACAAUGUGCAACAUGUGUCCUGUAUAUUGUGUGGAACUGUAACAGAUCUAAAAGGCCCAAAUGCAGUUCAAAACAUGUUAAGGGUAUUUUGGCAGCUAAUCUGUCUGAUUUAAUUAAAAUCACAUCUGUGGUGUUUGCUGGUUAGGUGAGGUUAAUUCAGGCUUGUCUUUAAGCUUUCGACCAAACCCUGGUUGCUGACUAAACAAAUUGACGUGGUUCAUCUGUGGUGUGAAAGCAAAGCAGACCAACCACAUGAUAGUGUGACAAUAGAUAUAUUAUUUUAGCAAAUAUUCAAAAGCUAAAUUAAAUCCAUCUGCUGAUUACAUUGCCGUAAUAAUUCACUGGAAGACAAUAACCUUUGAUGAAAGCUAUUUAGGGAAGUGUAUUUUUUACACUUUUAUUGGGCAAUCUGAUUAGGAUUCAUUACAGUAAUCCAGCUGAGAGGUAAGAAAUGUAUGGAGGAGGGUCUCUGCAACAGAGUCAAGAAGUGAUGGCCGGAGAUGUUCUGCAGGUGGAAGAAAGCCGAUUUGGUGAUGGAUUUGUAGAAUGAAAAUAAAACUUAAUUCAAUCAACUUCAUCUUUGAAAUUAAUAAAUAAUUUUUAAUGCCUUACAUCUUUUGCAAAAAUGUUAAAUAAUUUAAUUAAACAGCUAUAUCCUUCAUUAACCCUAUUUCUUUUAAUCCUUUCUCUUUUCUUGUCUUUAAGAUGUCCAUUGGUCAUCAUGAACCUGACCUCCAGCUCCGAUUCUAUCCACUUCCUCACCAACAGUUCUCCUGGUAUGAGAGACCAGCCUGAUACCACCAUCAUAGCUGAGCCUGCCAUCUUCGGUGGCACUUACCAGGAGUUGGCCAUAUUAUCUGACAGUGUUGGUGGAUGGAAGCAGCAUAAUGUCAGUCAUAUCUCAAGGCAAGGAGGAAAUUUCACUGAUUCACCAGUUAACAGGACAUUAAUGCUGCCAGCAGAGGAUUUUGACCCAUUAGGAGGACAUACUAUCUGGCAGGUCAUCAUAAUUGUGUUCCUCACUGGAUCACUUUCUCUUGUCACUGUUGUUGGCAACAUCCUAGUGUUGGUGUCAUUCAAGAUCAACAAGGCACUGAAGACAGUGAAUAACUACUACCUGCUGAGCCUAGCAUUUGCUGACCUUACCAUUGGCACACUGUCAAUGAACCUGUAUACCACCUAUAUCAUCAUGGACCAGUGGGCUCUGGGGCCAGUGGUCUGUGACUUAUGGCUUGCAAUAGACUAUGUGGCCAGUAAUGCCUCGGUCAUGAACCUGCUUGUUAUUAGCUUUGACAGGUAUUUUUCUGUUACCAGACCUCUGACAUACCGGGCCAAGCGUACAACCAAGCGAGCCAUGACCAUGAUUGGAUUAGCCUGGUCAAUCUCUUUCAUUCUUUGGGCCCCAGCCAUCCUGUUCUGGCAGUACAUUGUGGGUGAGCGGACAGUCCAGCCCAAUGAGUGCUACAUCCAGUUCCUGUCCGAGCCCAUCAUUACAUUCUCCACUGCUGUUGCUGCAUUCUACUUGCCGGUAACUAUUAUGUCAUUCCUGUUUUGGAAGAUCUAUCAGGAGACAGAGAAGCGUGCUAAAGAUAUACAAGGUCUCAAGGGAUCUGGGUCAGGCAACAGCCAAAGCCAGGCUCAGAAUCAAGGGAGUGGUAGAGGAAGAGCUGGUGGAGAAGGUGCAACUAACAGCCAGAAGGAUUCAUCAGCCAUAAGUUCUCAGAGCUGCAGCAGUUAUGAACUAAAUCAGCUGGCUUCAGAGAAGAACAACAAGGACAAUGCCAGCAUACCUGGAGGAACAGGAAGCAAGGCGAGGUGUGGCGCAUUCUGCUUUCAGUUUUCAUUACUGCUGCCAGGUCGCCAUGCAUCCAAGAGGUCCAUCAACACCACGACAACUACAGUUGGUGAAGCAGAGCAGAGCAGCUGUGACAGCUUGAACAACAAUGAAGUUGGGGACCAGUCAGGUUCAGAGGACGAAGGUGAUGGUGCCGACCCAUCAAGGCCUCCAACAGAUGGUAAGAAAUCUAGAAAGGUGAAAAACAAAGAUAAACAACCAUCCAACAAAAGUCGAAAAAGGUCACAAUCAAACCCUGUCACCUCAUUGCCUGCUGACCAAUCUCCCACAGCCAUAACCAUUAAAGAUGCAGCUAUGGCCAAACGCUUCGCCUCUAAGGCCAAGACCGAGAUCAACAAGCGCAAGAAUGAAAAAAAGGCAAAUGAGAAGAAAGCAGCACGGACGCUCAGUGCCAUCCUCUUUGUCUUCAUCACAACAUGGUUACCAUACAAUAUCAUGGUGUUGGUCAACACUUUUUGUCAGGACUGUAUUCCAGGAACUCUUUGGGCACUGGGCUACUGGUUGUGUUAUGUUAACAGCACAAUCAACCCCAUAUGCUAUGCCCUUUGCAACAAGACCUUCCGAACAACUUUCAGGGAUAUUUUGAUGUGCCAGUGGAAUCAAAAGAAAAACAAGCCUAAUUUUCAACAGAGGAAGGCUGUGGCUUUCAAGAAAAAAGACCCAAUGUAGAAUACAUUGGCAAAUGGUUGAUAGCUCUGUGUUGAAAGUUGUCUUUCCUGAUCUAUAUUUAGAUUUGGAAUGCAGCAUACAAGCCUUCUAUUCCAGGGAAAAGAUGCUCAACAGAAUUUUGCUAACCAAAACUGAUUCUUCAGGAAGUUUUGCAAAGCUAGUGGGGCCAAAGCCUGGUGGAACAACUAUUCAUGGUCCCAGAGCACAAUUGCUAAUAAAUUGGUGACCCCUCCGGCUAUUUCUUUCACAGUGACCAAUAUUUUGGCCAAUGACGUGAUCGCUCAAAAACUAAUGCUGUAUUAUUAUAAUGUUUGCUGUGGAUAUUCAUGGUUCCCAGAGGAGGAAUUACAGUGGUGUUGAUGGGUCCUUGAGGCCCAGGCUAUCAAAAUUGAAUUGAAAGAUUCAAAUAGAAUUUACUAAGCAGAUUCCUGCCCGAUUGUCACCAGGACAGCUUAGGUAUGUCAGUUUUCGUUUUCAUUUCAAAGAUUUGAAGUUGGGUAUUUAUGUUUCUGCAUUCAGUAAAAUUCAAUAUUCAGUUGCCAGUUUAUUUGGUACACAUAGCAAAUUUAUUAGAAAUUGUUCUGGAGAUGUGUUCAUUCAUUGUUAUGGUCAUUUUUGGAGGCUGUAGUUUGUGCUUCUGUUGAAUUGUAUUGUUUUUGAGUUAUUUUGAGUGUUUGUAAUAUUUACCAAACCCUCACUGGUAUUAAUGUGGUGCAUUAGUUUCAUUAGUUUUAGCUAAUAUACUGGCAAAAAUACUCACUUAAUAGGCACUUUUCAGUAUGACCACCAUCAUUUUGUUUAGAAAUAUUUUUAAAACUGUCCUGCAGCAAUCUCAGAUUCCAGAGGGGAAGGGGCUAUUUCUGGGGUUCCGGUGUAGCCAAUGGUUAUCAGGGCCGAGACUCUGUGCGCUCAUUGUUUACAGUUUGAUUAGCAAAUUGUGACGCUAGACUGGAGUUUGAGUUAAGAAACAACAUGAAUGACCGGAUGGUUUCCCAUGUAGCCAGUUUAUCAGCUAAUUUCAAAGCAAUCAAAAGCUAAAUAUUCGUCAGUGGAUUCCAAGAUUGUAUUUCAGCCUCCACACGGACUGUUUACCUGCACUAAACCAAAACCUGCUCAAACAUGACUGGUCUCUACUACUCUGGCUACAAAUGGAAACCAGAAUGCUCCCCAUGCCGAAAUCUUGUUCCCUUGCUUGCUGCAUAUAAACACACAAUCUGUUUAUUGAGAUUAGUCUUGCAGUACCCUGUUCAGGGGCUAUAGUUUACUUAAUGAAAUAGAAUACCAAAAUCAGUAAAAGAAUAUAUUUUUUUUGCAUAGAAAACACCAAUAAGGUUUUCCUUGCUUUCAAAUUUGAAAACUUCCAAAAUAGCAAGUCAAAAUUUUUAAUAAUAAUUAGUAAUAAUAAUAACUCUCUUUUGUGUUGUCCUAACACAGCACAUUCAGAAUGGCUAUGAUAAUGUUGUAUUAAAGUAAUGGGGCCUUUUUUAUGAACACAUUUUGUUAUUUUCCUGUGUCAAUGUAGCAUCUGCCUCUUGGGACAACAGAUGAAAAAUAGCCUCUUGGCUAACUGGCGCAUUUACAGCAAUGUUUUUAUUAAUGUGCACUGUCCCUUAUCAAAUAAACCAAUAAAAAGACCAUACUCAAAACCAGUGGAGGGCCAUGCAUUUUAUACCUGGGCCUUCUGUGCUGUCCUACUGUGCUGUCCUACAAUACAA